AUGGCUGCCACUUUCGUUUACUUUCGCACAGCGGACGAGGAGAUCGACUUCCUGAAGCAGCACCUGAGCAGAUUGCAGCAAGGCUCGGUGCAGAGCGGAGCUGCCCUGUCAGAAAUGCAGGCUCGCUUGGAAGGGGAAAGCGCUACACGUGCUGCAGCGCAGCAGGAGCAGAGUACUCGCUUGGAGGCCCUGAGCCAGGCCCUGGGCUUCUCAAGGGCACUCAUGGCCCAAUCCAUCGCGCAGCGCGUGGAGGCACUGGAAGAGCGCAUGGGAAUGGAGCGCAAGGAGCUGUAUGCCCGACAUUCCCGCCUGCGUGACGAAGUGACCACGGAGGGCCAGGAGGGGAGCCUCCGCCUGCAGGAGGUGUCAAGCAGGUUCCACUCCGCGGUCGAAUCGCUGGAGAGGCGCUGCCAGACGUUGGAGGCAGCCAAAGAGGAGAUCCAGCUUCGGCUGGCGGAGACGCA